GAGGGGGGGGGGCUUCAUUGACUUUACUAAAAAUCAUAGUUAAAUCUUAUUUUCUCUAAAAGAAUGACUUUUUUCUCUCUGGAAAAACAAAAAUGAGCUUUUUCUUCGUGUUUUUUUUUUUUUGGUAGCCCUAAAACUCCUUAAUACAGUCACAGCUCCUCUGGUCAUUUUAAAUAGUACCUCACUGAUUUCAUGUCUCCUGGCAUUUGCAUAAUUAAUAUGAAAAAGUCCUUUUAUUACCCAUUUUAAUUUAAAAAUGACACGAUUAAUCGCUUUUGAUGGUGACAGAUUAGCGUGGUUUAAACACCCUGCGUUUUGCCCACCCCCUUCUUCUCCCUCGCCUGUUUGCAAAACACAUAAUUGAGCUCAUUGAAUUAAUUUGCCUUGAAUUAAGCUGACGAACUGCAGCAGCCUUCCCGAAUCCUCUCAGGGUAUUAAAAUAGCGCAGCCGCAAUCUUUAUCGUACAAUAAAAUGUAAGAUAGUGGAGCUCAGUGUAUGUUAGCGAAAAUCCCCCUGGCGCGCUUUUCUUGUUUGCCUAACAAUGACUUAUUAUUCUUGCUCGUUGGUUCUCCUAAAGCGGUGGGGGCUUAUAGGACAAACAAACCCUCGAGUCAUUAAUCUCCAAAUAUGAGGAUGACUUAUUUUGCGAGGAGACAAAGCGAAUACUAUUGUGAGCGGCAAUAUUUUCCUUGGGGGAGUUUAAUGACUUUGCGACUAAAGGCAUCUACAGUUGUGGUGAUUCAGCAAUGACUCAGCGGCAGAUUAUGGCGGAAUUGUCAUUGGCAAAGCUCCUCACAGUUUAAAAAAAAAACGGAAGAUAUUACGGACCAUAUUUUACAGGGUUUUUUUUUGCCGCAUAAAGGCCUGCAAAAUCAACAUAAUCUAAUGAGCUCCAAUACCAGAAGUACAUCCAAAAAAAUCGUAUUAAAAAUUGAAUAAUGAAGGUUUGCGACGGAGUUGCGUUCCUACAGCGCCAAUGUUGAUGGAACCUGAAUUUGUCCGCAGCUUGCAACACGCUUGAGUCCGCCACUAACCUAUCUCCGUGCGAAAAGCCUAAAACUUGAAAUGCAUUAUGUUGAACUACCGUGCGCUCUAGUCGCUCUUAAAGCUUCGCUAGGUCAGAAUUAAAUUCAUAAUUACAGUCAAUACAGUCUAUUUAAAUAUAUAUUUUUUUAAUGUCGGCCAUGAAUUCCGACAGGAAGUUAAUCAUUAACGGGAUGUGUGUUCUUCUGUUUAGAAUUAUAGAGAAUAGAAGAAGUACAAGUAACCCGUUUGGCACCCUUUCAUGCACUAGUAAUGAUAACCUGGAACCCGAUAACAUGAGAAGCUGUCGCAGAAGGGGUUAAAAAAUAUGAACUGAAACCUCAGAGGUUUCAAAAAAGUAAAUGCUCAAGUUAAGAGGAGAUACCCGAAAUACCUGCCUAAGUACAGUUUUUCCCUUACACUUUGUAGUAUAUAGUUUUGGAGAGCUUUGCCGGAAUGCGCAUUCAACGUCAUUGUAAGGAGGGUCAAAACGAGAAGGUAAGAGGUGGUAUGCGAGAGUUCCACGCAGGGGGGUGGUUUGGGGUGUUUUAGAGGAGGGCCUGAGCAGGACCCUGAUGACAUCUCCAAACAUGUCAGCAGCACACAUUGGACAACACAGCCCUGCCCUCAGAAGCAAAGCACGCCAUCGACAAGGGCAAAGCUGUUUUCUCUUGGCCUCCACGAGCAACCCAUUGUACGUCGACUCCCCCGGUUGAGUCCUUCCACUCACAUCUUGUCAUCCGCUACUUUUUGGGAUAACCUUACACCAUGACCCUCCAGACCGUGAUCCGCUUCUCGAGUGUCUUUCUCGUCACGCUGACCGCCUUGAUCUCGAGCAGUCCCGUCAGGCCACCCGAGAGUCGUCCCCGGAGGCCCUCGGUGGUUCGGCACGCGCGUGACAAUACGCUGCAUGACGCGCAAGACUUUCUCAGCCACUUUCUGUCUACGCUGAACCUGACGGGGGAGAUGCAACUGGAGCAGAGGCCCCUGGCUUCACCGAAGGACCCGCCAGAGUACAUGCUGGAACUCUUUGAGCAAUUUGCCAAUCACCAGACGACCGUGCCUUCCGCCAACAUUGCCCGCAGUUUCAAUAAUGAAGAUUCUUCCCCUUUCGGAGUGACCGCCAGGGGAGUAAGGACACACCCCCUGUUCUUCAACAUCUCAGUGCCCCACCACGAGUACAUCACCAGAGCCGAGCUUCGCCUUUUCACCCUCGUCCACAGAGCCCAGAGACCCUUUGCCGGCCUUGAGUGCAAGGUGACCAUUUACAAAGUUCACAGUGGCGUAGUUUGGACCGAGGAGGUCAGGAAUGAGGUGAGAAGGCGGGAUCAAGAGGAGUCUAAAGACCUAGAGGAGCUAGUGACAAAGCACAUCCACGCCAAAGAUAAAAGCUGGGUUUCCUUGGACCUGACUCAUGCGGUUGCACUCUGGCAGAAGUACGGCGGAGUGACGCACAAGCUGGAGGUCCACGUCGCCAUCUUAGGUCCCGAGGAAGAGGUCACGUGGGGCGACGGUGAAGUUUUUGUUGACAUCGAGCGAAACGUGGAGGGGAACCACAACGCGGUGAUGAUCGUUUUCUCCGACGAGCCCAACAAACGCGAUAACGCGCGUGAGAAGGACCGUCCCGAAAACACGGAGCAGAUUCUGUUCCGGCCGUUUGUUAGCCACUACGGGGAUGAGCGCAAGGUUAUCUACGAAACCCCUGCUCGGGUCCGCCGCGACGUCAAAACCUGCAGGAGAACUCCGCUCUUUGUGGAUUUUAAAGACAUCGGCUGGAACGCAUGGGUCCUCCGGCCGGAGGGCUAUGAGGCCUACAUGUGCAACGGAGUGUGCGCCCCGCCCAUGACCCCGGAGGUCUUGCCCACCAAACAUGCCAUCGUGCAAUCACUGCUCAGUGUUAAGAGUCCGGAGAGGGCAUCGCGUGCCUGCUGUGUACCCACUAAGCUGGAGCCCAUUUCGCUCCUUUAUUUCGAUAACGGGGUGGUCACCUUCAACCACAAGUACGAGGGCAUGGUAGUAGCAGAGUGUGGCUGUAGAUAGUGACGCACACACAUAGCGACACGCUCACGCAGAGGUAGAGACUGUGCACCGAUGGAUUGUAGCCUGUGCUUGUUGUAUCCACACAUUGUCACACUUUAACAAUGACACUACGCGGUGUAAAAAUAUUGUAUAAAUGCAAAUAAUUUAAAGUUAUGUCAAUGUUGUGAUGUGCAGUAUGUCGCUUUGUUUGUUGUAUGCCACGACCAUAAUGUUGUUUAGACUAGUGAUUCCCGAGUGCCGUGAAAGAUUAUUAGGUAACUAUCCAAUAUUAUGUCCGCGAUCAUAACAUUAAUUUUUUUUCAUCAAUGGCUGGCGUCAGGCCAACAUUUGUCAAGAUUUGGUUGAUUACAAUUUUUUUUCCCCACAACUUGAUAGGAUUGUUGUUAAGUCCCUAUGUGGGUUUGUUACUUGUACAUUGUUGAAAAUGACUAGAUAGCGGAAGGUAUGUAUGAACAGUUCCAAUUGUGGUUACAGUGUGAGCACAAAACCUUUCGCGCGUCUGCUAGAGAGGAAAAAAAAAGUGUCAGGAAAAAGCCUACUAGAACAUUUAGAAUUUGCUUGCAGCCCAUCAGAGGCACUUUAAAUGGUGGCGGGUGUGAGUUUGAAUGUAAUUGGUUAAUUCAGAACGAAGCCACAUCCCCGGUUGCAACUAUAAAAAUGUUUUCACUUUUGAGCGCUUUCAAUCACAAUGUCAUGAGGUCAAAAUGGCAUUUUAAUUGUCCUUCAUCUGUUGAUUUCCAUUUUCAUACCUGUGCAAUUAUAUGCCUGGAAAAAUAAACACAUACUGUGAAUAGAUUUGAUAGAA